AUGACUCGCUUUUCCCCAAAGUUCAAGGUUGAGGGCGACGUGAAGAAGCGAGGCGGUGCCGAGAGCCAAGCUGAGGGCGGCAAAGCCCCCAAGAGAAGAAAAUUGGCCAAAGUCUCCUCCGUCGCCGGCUCUUCCAACCCCGGCGCUCAGCCCAACACUGCCGCCGCGUCCAAAGGCAAAAAUGUCACUGAAGCCUCCGUCGCCGCAGCUACCGAGACAACCACCGUCCCGGCCCCCAAAUCCGCUACCGCGGACGCGGCCUCCGCAGCCGCCGCCAAGUCCACUACUGUAGGUGCCACAGCCGCCCUCACCGGUGCUGCCACUACCUCUGCUGAUCAAUCACCAACCGUUGACACAACCGCCAACAUCUCUCAACCCUUAACUGUUGAGAAACCCGUCACCGUUGAUGCCACAACAGCUGCCGCGUCGUCUGAUGCUCCUGCCGGGGAGAAAAGAAAAGAAAAUGAAACCCCCCAGUCUCCUCCUCGCCAGGACGCACCUUCUAGCCCACCCCCAACAGAUGAUGGGCGCUCCGCGUCUUCUCCAGCUCGCCGCGAAGAGGGGCCUUCUCCUGAUGCCGCCGCUACCCAGAUCGAGCAAGCUCCUGCCUUUUCCGCCCUCUUGUAA